AUGGUCCAAGGCGACCUGGACAAUGACACGAGGGGAUGGAUAAUGUGUGCGGUGAGCGCAUGCAUCGCGGGCGCUUCAAUAAUAUGCAUCGACGUGUUUGUUCGCCUAAUACCCGGCCAGCGCGACUUCCGCAUCCAAGAGAGCAAUGUCUUCCUCGCAUGCUCCCUCAGCUUGAGCUUCGGUGUCAUGGUGUUCUCGGCAUUGAACAGCAUGCUUCCCUCGGCCAUGCGCUAUCUUCUUAAGGAUGAGUGGGACAGGCAAAAGGCGGGAUUACUCAUGAUGGGGUGCUUUGUUGGGGGCUUCUUUGGCAUCCAGCUCAUAUCACACGUCCUGCACCAGUACCUCCCGUCGCACAUAGUGGAAUGUGACCACACACACGAGGAAAUCCCCGACGAAGAGUCCCAACUUCACCGGCACCACCACCACUCGAGGGCACAUUUGCACCGGCGGCAAUCCCGGCGGCCAUCGGGUCCCCCGAGCAUGGUGGAAGUCAACGAGGCCACCCCGCUACUACCCACCGAACGAAACGCACACAUACAGACUCCAGUGGUAAACGGCAACGCCGAGCCCGGGGGGGAGGUCAUCACCCACUUCCCCAGCAUCGACACCCGCCGACCCUCCGAGUCUAGAAGACCCUCCUUCUUCUCUAAGCGAGUAAUGUCCUUCUUCAAGGACACGAAACCAAACUGCGACGAAGACGGGCCCUGCUUCGGAUACACGGACCCCUGUGGACAAGAAUGCUUUAAGCACGUUAACGGCCGCACGGCACUGUCCCGGAACGCCACGAUCAAGUCCAUCCCCGCGACCAUCGCCGAAGACCACGUUGAGUCGGUGACCAGCUCCCACCACCACAGCCAUAACAUCAGCCGCUCCCAUUCCUGUGCCUCUCUCCACGAUCACCACCACCACCACCAUGGCCAUGCCCACGAGGAGUCUAACUCCCACUCCCACUCCCACACCACCGACCCCACCGACGCAUCCAGCAUCUCCUCCUGCUGCUCCCACCCUUCCGAACCAGAAGACAACGACCACCAACAACACCACCACCACGUCCCCACCAACGCCUUCCUCGCCAUUGGCCUCCAAACCGUCAUCGCCAUUGCAGUCCACAAGCUCCCAGAGGGUUUCAUAACCUACGCAACCAACCACGUGAACUCGGCCCUCGGAUUCAACGUCUUUAUGGCUCUUUUUGUUCACAACAUUGCCGAGGGGUUUGCCAUGUCACUCCCCCUCUACAUGGCUCUCGGGUCCCGCUUCAAGGCCAUUGCUUGGUCUUCGCUGUUGGGGGGGUUGUCGCAGCCCCUGGGGGCAAGCAUAGCGGUGGUGUGGUUCAAGAUUGCGAACAGGCAGCAGCUCGAGAUCAAUGCGACGGCGUACGCGGUUAUCUUUGCGGUGACAGCGGGGAUUAUGACGAGUGUGGGUUUGCAGCUGUUUGCGGAGAGCUUGGGGUUGGGGCAUGACAGGCGGUUGAGUAUUUUUUGGGGGGUGGUGGGGAUGGUGGUUUUGGGGGGGUGUAAUUCUUUGGUGGAGGGGCAUUGA